AUGCCGUUCCUUGGAAAGGCUCGUCGUGCCGUUCCGGCUUUCGCUACUGCCGUUCGUAACUAUGCCACUGCCAAGGCCGCUGCCUCGGAAGUGAGCUCGAUUCUUGAGCAGCGUAUCUCGGGUGCCACGUCUAACUUUGACGUCGAGGAGACUGGCCGUGUACUUGCUAUUGGUGACGGUAUUGCCCGUAUUUACGGUCUCCGCAACAUCAUGGCUGAAGAGAUGGUUGAGUUCUCUUCGGGUAUCCGUGGUAUGGCUCUUAACCUUGAAGCUGACAAUGUCGGUGUAACUGUUUUCGGUUCCGACUCUUUGAUCAAGGAAGGUGACAUUGUCAAGCGCACCGGCCAGAUUGUUGAUGUGCCAGUUGGUCCAGAGCUGCUUGGUCGUGUGGUCGACGCUCUUGGUAACCCAGUUGACGGUAAAGGCCCCAUUCAGGCUAGUGAGCGCCGCCGUACGCAAGUCAAAGCCCCAGGCAUUUUGCCUCGUCGCUCGGUGCAUGAGCCUAUGCAAACGGGUAUGAAGCCUGUUGAUGCCAUGGUUCCAAUUGGUCGUGGCCAGCGUGAGCUCAUCAUCGGUGACCGUCAGACCGGUAAGACCGCUCUGGCUCUUGACGCCAUCCUUAACCAGCGCCGCUGGAACGACGGCAACGACGACAAGAAGAAGCUGUACUGUAUCUAUGUUGCUGUUGGUCAGAAGCGCUCGACUGUCGCUCAGCUUGUGCAGACUCUGGAGCAGAAUGACGCCCUUAAGUACUCUGUGAUUGUCGCCGCUACGGCCUCGGAUGCUGCUCCUCUGCAGUACCUGGCUCCAUUCACAGGCUGCUCGAUUGGCGAGUGGUUCCGUGACAACGGCAAGCACGCUCUUGUCGUGUACGAUGACCUGUCUAAGCAGGCCGUCGCUUACCGUCAAAUGUCGCUUCUGCUGCGUCGUCCUCCUGGUCGUGAGGCGUACCCUGGUGACGUCUUCUACCUGCACUCUCGUCUCCUCGAGCGUGCUGCCAAGAUGAGUGAGGCUAACGGCGCUGGCUCGCUCACGGCUCUGCCCAUCAUUGAAACCCAGGGUGGUGACGUGUCGGCUUUCAUUCCGACCAACGUUAUCUCCAUUACUGACGGUCAGAUCUUCUUGGAGUCGGAACUCUUCUUCAAGGGUAUCCGCCCAGCCGUGAAUGUCGGUCUUUCGGUGUCGCGUGUCGGUUCGGCCGCCCAGACCAAGAUCUACAAGGCUGUUGCCGGUUCGCUCAAGCUGUACCUUGCUCAGUACCGUGAACUGGCUGCCUUCGCGCAGUUCGGCUCGGAUCUUGACGCCUCGACUCGCUACACUCUGAACCGUGGUGCUCGUCUGACUGAGCUCCUCAAGCAGCGUCAGUACUCGCCUUUGGCCGUCGAGAUCCAGGUGCCAAUCAUCUACGCUGGUAUUAAGGGUCUUCUUGACGAGAUCCCUGUUGACAAGAUUGUUGCGUGGGAGACUGGCUACCGUGAGGAGCUUGCUUCGCAGAACGACCUGCUCUCCGAAAUUUCUAAGGGUGUGAUGACACCUGAGGUGGAAGAGAAGAUCGCUAACUCGAUCAAGGCUAGCGUCUCGUCGUUCCUUGGCAACUAA